UCACGUGCUCCGUCUAAUCGAAGUAAAUAAAAUAGUUUAAGUAGAGAAAGAUUAAGGUUAAAGUAAUUUAAAUUCAGUUAAAAUUCAAUUAUCCAAUGAAGUCCCUUGCUGUUUUCAGUAGUUUUCCGGAUUUAUUAUACUUAUGGACUGAUGAAGGUUUCAGAGAACACCUUCAUAACACGUUUUUGAAAAGUAAGCUUGAUGUAGUAUAUGAUAUAAAUAGUUUUGCACAACAACUUUACAGUCCUUUAGUUACGUCUAAUAACUACAUGAAACAAUUUGAUAGUGGAUAUCGUAGAAUAACUUGUGAAAAUGGACUUUUGUUUGUGAUGAAACAAGUCACUGGUUUGUUUAUUAUUGCUAUAUGUGGCGAUGGGGAAGAAAGUGAGUUGUUACUGCAGAGGAAGAUUUCCACAUUUACUUAUCUUUUAAAUGCAUUUUACGGCCCUUGUAUAUCUGAACAACUUAAACCAUCAAAUGCUGAAUUGAUGAAAAAGACAUGGAAAUUUUGGGAUGGAUUACUCAAAACCUGGAAGAUUUUAUGUCAGCAAGAGCAUACAUUUCUUGUUGAAUCACUUGAAAUGCUUAAUGUUAAUCAGUAUAUAAGACAGUCAUCAAGUGAAUUGCUUUCUGAAGUUUGCCUGAGAGCCAAUCGUGAUGGAAACGUUACACAUUUAUUUCUUUUUGUAAAUAAUAAACUUCUUUCUACUUACUCUGGAAAAAGUGAAAAAGAGCUUCAUGCCAGUGAUGUUUUAACUUUGAUUUUGUAUGCUAAAUAUUAUUUUCGCUAUAGAGAUGAUACUUUAUUAUAUAGUAUUUAUCGUACACCCACUCAACUAAUUGAGAAUUAUGUUUCUCAAGUUGAAGAUAAAGAACUUUUCCAAACAAUAAACAAAUUUAAUGAUAUAGAUUUUAAUACAAAUUUUGAUAAGGAUGACUUACGUUUUUUUCCAGUCAGUAAUGAUGGAAAACAAUCAGAAGAUUCAAGUUUGGCACAACAGCUUUUAUUUUUACAAACAGAUUGUUACUAUUCACCUUACAGCGCACACUUCAUUUUGCUUGAUAAAAAGAUUGUAUUAGUUAUCUUAUCAAAGAGUUUGUUUUUUGAGUUAGCUCCCUUGGUGCAAUCUUUAUUAGAAAAGUUAUCUGUUAUUUUGGAAAACAAGGAUGAUGUAUCAAGCCUUUCUUUUGAAGAAUCCAACAAAUAUGUAGUCAAGAUAGCUAACCUUUUGAGUAAAUAUGUUCAGCAUCAACCAAAAUCAUUGAAGGAUUCAUUGCGCAAGUUUGUUACAAAAUGGAAACAUCUUGAAGAAGCUUUUAAUGAAUAUCUAAAUAACACAAAAGGAGAUUUAACAACAAAAAUGGAAACUGCAACUAAGGAGUUUAUUAAAUCUGCCAAAAUCCUUUUUUGGUAUCUUUUCGUUCAAAAUGAAACACAAGGAAAGCUAUCAAGAACAGAAGAUCAAGGUUUUGUUAUUAAUGCAAUCAAGGAUAUUGCAACUGGACAUUUAAAGACUUAUUUUGCAUACCUCAGCAGUAAAAGUACAAGAAACGUCAUUAUGGAAACAUAUCAAAAUGAGUUUCCUGGCCUUGUGCAUUUUAUCUAUACCAAUAGAGUAACAAAUUGUUUUAUUGCACCCACAAUUAAUAUUAAAACAGAUCCGAUAUUGAGUCAGCUACGUCGAUAUAUUAUCAUUAAACAGCGAAUAUGGGACUUUUGGCAAUAUGCUGAAACGAUGUUGACAAAAGGAUAUUCAUCCAUAAUGAUAAAUGAUGGAGAUUUUAGUUAUUCAUAUUUUAUUUGGUUUGAAGAUUUUGGUGGUAAUUGUUUGCAUUCCGAUAUAUCUUUGCGAGAUAUGAACAUAGACCAACCAACUGGAGUGCUUUCAGGUUCAUUUUACAGAAAUAUGAUCCAACAUCUUUUCCCGUCAAAAUCUUCUGAAAACGUGUAUUGUUAUGAACUUGUAUGCAUGUAUCUUGCUGGUGUCAGCAAUAAUUUUAUAUCUAACUCAUGUAAAGAACUUGUGAAAACUUUAAGAAAGACAAACCAAACAACUAGUUAUGGUUAUAUCUCUAGAAAUUGAUUUUUAGUCGAUACUUAAAUCUAUACUUAUUUAAAUCGAUACUCUGUCACAAGAAAUAUAUUGAAACAAUUUUAUUUUCUUAUUUGAUUUUGUAAUUAAAUUUGUUUUAUAAUAAACUUUAGAAUUGUAUAAAA